CGCGGUAAUUUUCAUUUUAACUAUUAUAUCACAACUACUCUGGCACACGCGCACCAGUACACCAAUUAUUUAUUUAUUUAUUUUAAAAACAACUACAACAUCAAUAAACAUAUGCCUUCAUAUUACGAGCUAUACCGUACGAGCACAUUGGGGAUGGCGCUGACAGACUCCCUGGAUGAACUCAUCCAGGCUGGUCACAUCACGCCACAGCUGGCAAUCCAGGUUCUCGAUCAAUACGACAAAAGCAUAUCCGAGGCCCUGUCAUCCAAAGUCAAAGCCAAGGCUGUAAUGAAAGGCAAUCUGCGCACAUACAGGUUUUGUGACGAUGUUUGGACGUUCAUUAUCAAAAACCCGACAUUUAAAUUCGACCAUGACUCGGCAUCCGCAGAUAAGGUCAAGAUUGUAGCUUGCAAUGCCAGGCGCCCGGGCGAAUAAUG